GGCGACCAUAUUGAACAUUUCGUUAUUGUCGCUGUUUACACGCUGCCUUGGCUCCCCUAUUUACAGGUGAGCUUACAUUUGCCUUCACAUUUUAUGAGGAAGGCCAAUACCCAGCCAUCAUGCCAGACCUUUGGCAAGAAGCCAUGGACCACGCUGUGGUCUUGGCUCGGAAGUCUGGAGAGAUUGUCAGGGAGGCGCUGCAGAAUGAGAUGAAGGUCAUGUGCAAGAGUUCCUCGGUAGACCUGGUCACCAAGACUGACCAGAAGGUGGAGCAGCUCAUCAUCGCUUCUGUCAAAGACAAGUUUCCCACACACAGCUUCAUAGGAGAGGAGUCUGUGGCGGCUGGGCAGCCUUGUAUUCUUUCAGACAACCCAACUUGGAUUGUUGACCCUGUGGAUGGGACCACCAACUUUGUGCAUGGAUACCCAUUUAUAGCCAUUUCAAUUGGAUUUGCUGCUGAUAAGCAGCUUGAGUUUGGAGUGGUUUACAGCUGUCUGGAGGAUAAGAUGUACACAGCUCGGAAGGGCAAGGGGGCCUUUUGUAAUGGCCAGCCUCUUCAAGUGUCUGACCAGACAGAUAUCAAUCAGUCCAUCAUUGCCACAGAGUUUGGCUCUAACAGAGAUCCAGAGGUUGUUGACAAGAUUUUUUCCAGCAUGAGAAAAGUCCUAUGCCUCCCUAUCCAUGGGAUGCGAGGUGCAGGCACUGCUGCUACCAACAUGUGUCUGGUGGCCGCAGGCUCCGCGGAGGCCUACUAUGAGAUCGGCAUUCACUGCUGGGAUAUCGCUGCUGGCGCUGUCAUUGUGUCGGAGGCAGGGGGAGUCCUCAUGGAUGUGGGAGGAGGACCAUUAGACAUGAUGUCCAGAAGAGUGGUGGCAGCCAACAACAAGACAAUCGCACAAAGACUGAUCAAGGAGAUCGAGGCAUAUCCUGCCACAAGAGAUGAUGCUCCAAUAGAUUCAAAGGAAUGAAGCCAUUGAAUCAUUUUAAUUUAAAUUUUAUUUCGUUAUAGUAAGGGAAGUCAUUUUAUUUGGGUCAUAGGUCUGAUGAUGUACAGCAGUAGUGAAUGACAAGAAACAGUCAAUUGUUGGUUAUAGUAAAGGUAUGACAAUGGUUUAAUUUUGUUAAGUUCUUGCAUAAUUUAAGGUAAACACUGACAGUAUAAAUUAUAUUUUGUAUUCUGCACUGUGCACAUGCCAGUUAUUUAAUAGUAUGGUUUUGAAAAUACACAUUAUGAAAGACCAA